AUGCUUGGAUAUCAAUUCUAUCACUUUUCUUGCUGGUAUUACUUCCCCGUUUACCACCUGAGCAAGCUUACAGGUGUCCUUCACGUUGGUAUUGAUCGGAAAGCUCUGCAGAAAAGCAAUGAUACGAAACAAAAAAAGCUUCCGAUCUUCAAGAUAAGCAUAACAUCGUGGCUGGUGUUCUGCGUGUGGGCGGUGCUGAACGCCAAAGUGGUGGAUCACGUGUCGGACAUGACGAGGACGGGGAUGCAGAAGUACAACUCGUGCUUCGACGAGGUCUGCUCGGAGAGCGUGUGCCGCUCGGCGUGCGCCCACUACGCCAUCGCGUGGGUGGCCGAGACCCACUGCGCCCUCAGCCUCCUCCUGGGGCUCCUCUACCGCCCGGCCAAGCUCCGCAAGCUCCUCAACGACCUCUACCACCAAGCCACCCUCGCCAGAGUCACUUUCCCCGUCCAGAUCUGCGUCAGCACCUUCGUGUUGCUCGGUAUUCAUGCAUGUACUUUCUGGAUGCAAUGGCAACGGAACAACUAUGGAGUGGGGUUUCUCCACCGCUUCGGGUAUGCCUACAUUGCUAUGAUCACCCCCAUCAUCCACGAGACCUUCAUAGCUGCGCUCGUUACCUGUGUCGAGGUCCUCUUCAAAAACUUCAACGCUCAAAUCGAUCGUCUUUGUGCCCUCGACUCCGUAGCCGUUUUCCAAGAAGACAUGAGCUCCAAAAUUGAAGCGCUCACACACAGGCACUGGAAGAUCACGAAGCUGGCGGUGGACCUAAACCGAUGUUACACGAUCGACUUCCUCAUAUCAACACUGAAUUUCGUGCUGAGGACUAUCUACUUCUGCUUCCUGAACCUUAAAUUCUUGGUCUCGGCGCCCAAACAUAAGCGUUCGAUCAAUGUGCCGAAACCAAUGACAAUCAUAUUUUUUCUGUCCGUCGUCGCGAAAUAUAUUUGGGUCUGUUACCGCUGUGAUUUAGCCUGCAUGGAGAUGAAUGAGACGCUGAACCAUGUAAGAAGACUACUACUCAGGAAGGAAUUGAAGUACAAUAGAACAGCAUACAAAACAACAAAACGAUUCAUCUAUCAAAUAAAUUCCCGGCCAGUUGCGUUUACAGCUUGCCGUCUUUUUUCCAUUGAUCGGAACUUGUUAAAAAAGAUUUGCGGCGUAACCACAACAUACUUCAUCAUAUUGUUGCAGUUCCAAUCAUCGGCAGAUUCGUAACACUUUUCCUUUGAAAAAUUUCUUCCUUUCGUGGACAGUUAUUAAACUCAAGUAAAAUAAAAUAAAUUAAAAACUUCUAAAA